AUGGCCACCUCGCCAGCCUUCGAUGUGCCAGCAGAACCGCCGUACAAACGGCAGAAGACAUCCUCUGAGCCGAUGAAUCCAUCUUCUCCGGCGCCUGUAGCUGAUCUGGCCGAACAACUGGACAACCAAGAACGGAAGAAGUACGUCAAGGGCAAGAAGAUCGGCUCUGCACAUCUCGUCUCGGAUCCCCAGAAGCUCGUGGCCAUCAAGAAGAUCAAAGUGGGAGCAGAGGUGAAAGCGUUCGGGAUUAGCUACGACUCAUUACGAGAAAUCAAAUUCCUGCAGGAACUGGACCAUCCUAACAUUAUCAAGCUGCACGCGGUCUUCUCGAGCAAGGGCCAAAACCUGAAUCUAGUCCUCGAGCAUCUUCCGCAGGGCGACUUGCUCAAGCUCGUUCAGGAUACGGCCAACAUCUCUUACACACCUGCUGACAUUAAAAGCUGGAUGCUCAUGCUCAUGCGUGCGACCUACUUUUGCCAUCAGAACUUCAUUCUCCAUCGCGACAUCAAGCCCAACAAUCUGCUGAUAGCGGCGAAUGGCGAAAUCAAGCUUGCGGAUUUUGGUCUCGCGCGGUCGUUUGCUGAUCCGUUCCAACCGAUGACCUACAAUACUGUGACCACCUGGUAUCGUCCGCCCGAGCUGUUCUUCCAAGCGCAAUACUACGGCGGCCGUGUCGACAUAUGGAGCUGCGGAUGCGUGUUCGCAGAGCUUAUAGCCCGAGAUGUGCUCUUCCGCGCCUGGCCGGAGAACGAAAUCAACAUGGUGAAGCUCAUCUGUGAGAAGGUCGGAACGCCCACCGACGACAACUGGCCUGGUGUCUCGAAGCUGAAAGGCUAUGUGACCCCUUCUGAGGUCAUCCCCAUCCGGUCAAAAGAUCAAUGGAUGAUGGGCUUCCGGGCGAUUGGAGAGACUGGCGUGGAUCUGCUGAUGAAGAUGUUGACGCUGGAUCCGCGGAAGAGGUUGAGUGCAGAGCAAGUUCUGCGGCACUCGUUCUGGACGGAGUCGCCCAGGCCUAGUCGAUUGGAGGAUCUACCCAAGAAAGGCGGCGGGAUCGAAGCAAUGGGCGAGGAGUUGAAGAAGAAGGGUGGUGAGCUACCGAAUGGUUCUGCUAGAGGCGACAAGAUUGCAAGGAAGAUUGACUUUGGCGCAAUGAACGGGUGA